CCUCAGCUGCCGCCGGUCCAGGAUCCUGUCCGCCAGAACAACAAACCCAAACCGGUCAUCAACCUGAAACCCUUCAUGUCCAAGUGGACAGUCCCUCAGCAGCAGCAGACGGUCCUGGACUCUUUCAGGGAGACGGAGGAGAGGGAACCAAUCAGCAGCCAGAAAACCAUCCUGUCAACGUGGGAAGGUGUUAAAGAAAAUCCAAAUAAAAUCAGAAUAGUUCUGAUCGGGAAGACCGGCAGUGGAAAGAGUUCAUCAGGAAACACCAUCCUGGGAAGAAAAGAGUUUGAAGCAAAACCGAGUCAAAGAUCCGUCACAAAGGAAUGUGUGAAGGAAAAGACUGAAAUAGAUGGACGGUCAGUUUCUGUGGUCGACACACCUGGACUGUUUGACAGCAGUUUGAGUCUGAAACAGAUUCAGGAUGAGCUGGUGGGUUGUGUCACUCUGGUGGCUCCAGGUCCGCAUGUCUUCCUGCUGGUUGUUCAGAUCGGCAGAUUCACACCAGAGGAGAAGGAGACGGUAGAAAUGAUCAGGAAAACCUUUGGGAAGAAUUCAGAGAAGUUCACCAUCGUUCUUUUAACCGGAGGAGAUUCACUGAAGAAAAAUGGCCUCACUGCUGAAGAUUAUAUUGAAAAGGAAAGUGAGGAUUCCUUCAGGAAGCUGAUCGCCGACUGUGGAGGGAGAUACCAUGUGUUCAAUAAUUCUGACGUAGAAAAUCGAUCUCAGGUCAGAGAGCUGAUCAGAAAGAUCGACGACAUGGUGAAGGAAAAUGGAGGAAGUUUCUACACCAACGAGAUGCUGCAGGCGGCUGAAGCUGCUAUACAGAAGGAAAUGCAGGAUAUUGGAAACCAGAGAGAAGAAGAAAUAAACAAGAAGGUCAAAGAGCUGGAGAGAAACCAUGAAGCAGAAAAAGAGGCGAUGAAAAGAAAACUGGAAGAAGAAAUUAACCAGCAGAGAAAAAUACUGCAGGAAAUGGAGGAAGAGAUCAGCAGAGAAACUGAGCUGAGAAAGAAAGAACCAAAAUAUAUGGAGAAAAAAGAGAAGUGGAGGAAAAUUCAGGAAGAAAAGGAAAAGAUACUGUUGAUGGAGGAGCUGGCAGUUUUAGAGGAAAAGAUGGAAUCAGGAGUAAAAGGUGAAGCUGCUGAUGAAUCACUGGAGACAAAAAGAAAAGAACUGGAGGAGAAAUUAAGGCUGAUGGAGGAGAAACGACAAGAAGAGAAAGAAAAGAGACGUGAGGAAGAAAAACAGAGACAGCAGAGGGAGGAGAUGAGAAUCAAUAACCUCAUAGAAAAAUAUGAAGAGGAGAAAGAAAAAUAUGGAACAAUGGUUAAAGAGAAAAUGUCAAAAGAACUGCAGGAAAAUGAGAUAAAACAACUGGAGGAGAAACACAAGAAAGAGAUGGAAGAGAUGAGAAAGAGACUGAAGGAAGGAGUCAGAAAACAGGCUGAGAUCAAAGGGAUGGUCAAAGUUUUCAACCCUUACAUGCCAAUAAUUAAACACUUUGACAAGACAUGCAAAAUACAGUAAUGAUUCAUCCUGAUGAACAGUCAAACGUUGCCAGUAUGUGAUAAAACAGUAAAGACAUGAAAUCUCACUAGAACUCUGACAGUUGGUCUGAUUAGUUUCUCACUAUUUUAAAAUAAAUAUUCAUUAUUUUCAGAAAACAAUGCAGACAUGAAUCUUUAUGACGGUGUGAUCAGACGGUUCUGGGCGGGUUCACCAGAUGUUCUGAUUCUUCAAGCUGAGACGUUUCCUGCUGCCUUCAACCUGCUGAUCAAUAAAACCAACAGCAU